AUGCCACCAGGUAACGGCCCCGUGCCACCAAGGAGAGGUUCGAGGGGAGUGGGUGGAGGCUACGAUAAUCCGGCACAUCCCAAGUCUGCUGCUGGCACCCAUUACGACACCGAAGGAAACGUGGUCACCGCUGAAGAGUGGAAAGUAAGAGGGGCCGCAGUAGGCGUUCGUGAGGAGAUUGAUGCGGACGGGAAGGUGCACCUGAAGCAGGUGAGGAAGGGGGUGCAAGAUUUUAUUUUUGGGCGUACAUUAGGAGAGGGCUCAUACAGCACCGUAUUAUUUGCAACGGACCGCCAGACACUAAUAGAUCAUGCCGUCAAGAUCCUGGACAAGAAGCAUAUAAUCAAGGAGAAAAAAAUUAAAUAUGUAAAUAUAGAGAAAGAUACUCUAAACCGAUUAUCGGAUCAUCCAGGUAUCAUUCGAUUAUUCUUUACGUUCCAGGAUAGCGCGUGUUUAUAUUACGUCCUCGAGUAUGCCAGCGGCGGAGAACUGUUAGGAGUAUUGAAAAAGACCGGGUCGUUUGAUGUGGAGUGCACGAGGUUCUACGGCGCUCAACUUCUCGAGGCAAUCGAUGCUAUGCACCAGAAGGGAGUGAUACACCGAGAUCUGAAGCCGGAAAAUGUCUUAUUGGAUGAUAAAAUGCACAUCAAGAUCACAGAUUUUGGAACUGCUAAACUACUCCCGGCUCCUGGAUUGACUCCUAAACCAUACGACAUAACUAGCAAUGGAGAAGAAGAAUCGACAAGAGCGAGUUCGUUUGUUGGGACGGCCGAGUACGUCAGCCCGGAGUUAUUGACGGACAAAAACGCUUGCAAAGCAAGUGAUUUAUGGGCUUACGGGUGUAUCAUUUACCAACUCUUGGCUGGACGACCUCCUUUCAAAGCCGCUAAUGAAUACCUAACCUUUCAGAAGAUCGUCAGUUUGGAGUACGAGUUUCCCCCAGGAUUUCCCCCUGCCGCCAGAGACCUCGUCGAAAGGCUCCUCGUUCUUGACCCACAAAGGAGAUUAUCGAUCGAGCACAUCAAAAAUCACGAAUUCUUCGACGGAAUGAGAUUUAGUCGGGAUUUGUGGAAGGUGAAAGCUCCCAGGUUAAAGCCUUAUGUUCCACCUGCACAAGAACCUCAUUUGAUCAUGCUCAAUAAUCUUUCAACCACACCUCCAACAUCACGCGCAACGGCACAACUAACUCCGUCCAAUGGUAACUCGAGGCCACAGCCUAGGAUAAUCACCGAACUUCCUCCACCAACUCAGCUCGACAUUGAAUGGUCGCCCGUGUUGACACGAAAUAACGAGCGUAUUUUGAAAUUGGGGAAUUUAAUGGUCUUAUCCUCGCCAUUGCCCCAUAGUCCUAGCUCGAAGAAUGGCGAAGAUGUCCCUGAAAAGAAGGGAGGAUUUGCAAGAUUCUUUGGAGGUUCGACAACCAAGAAAAGAGCAAGGCUUGUGAUGGUCACGUCUAGCGCAAGAAUCAUUCUAGCUGCUGCUGGUGGCGAUGAAAAGAAGACAAAAAUGGAGAUAUCCUUGUUAGCCUCCGAUUGCUCAUGGCGGACGCAAUCAGAUUCCAAGGGGCAAUCUGUGUGGUGUGUGGACACACGUGGAACACAUUAUACCUUCGAAGACACCAAAACUUCGGUAACCUCCAAUGAUCCUGCGAAAACAUCGGCACAAGAAUGGAUCGAAGCUAUUGAAAAAGCCAAAGAUAUGGCUCUAUCGCAAAAUAUGGUUGGCUCUUACAACAGCGAUACUGGUUUCGAUAUGUCAUCCGCCGCCACAAGUCCUACCAGUACUAUCCAUGGAACAAGCAUCUAUCAAGACAACUUUGGCCCCAGUGACCGAUCAGGUCGGCAUCAUCUAACCAAGAGUCAGGCCAGUUUAGGAGGGGAAGACGCUUUUGGAGACUCUAGAAAGAAGUCCCACCGCUUCAGUAAAAGACAGUCAAAGAACGGACUUUCAACGCCCUUUUAA